AUGGCUCUUUCCCCCCUUCGCAUUUUUACCAGCUUCUCCAGCAACCUUUCCUACACUGAGGCCGGAAUCCCCACCGUUGCCUCUGCCGGAAUUGACUUGGCUCUUUGGACCGAACAGCAAAACAUUUUCGUUCAGGCUGCCCUCUUUGCAGUCUUUUUUGUCUUGGCUGGUUCUUCCAUGCUUUUGGAAAACACCUUUGGACCUACCAUGGCUCCUUUUGCCUUGAUGGCUGCUGUUGCUGCUUGGGCCAUGAGCCGCAAGAUCACUGUUCGCAAGCUCAAGUCCGUCUAG